AUACAAUUUGUCUUCUUCUUCUAUUUGCAGGUACUCUCAGCAUUGGACAUUUUACAACCACCUCAUUUGGAUUUCUUCCAAGAAAUAUAUGUGAUAACCGAACUACUACAGUCAGAUCUCCAUAAGAUAAUCGUCUCGCCACAACAUCUCUCCGCCGAUCACAUUAAAGUGUUCCUCUACCAAAUAUUGCGCGGUCUCAAGUAUCUGCAUUCGGCGCGCAUCCUCCAUCGUGACAUCAAGCCCGGCAAUCUGUUGGUCAAUUCGAAUUGUGUGCUGAAAAUAUGUGAUUUUGGUUUGGCGCGCGUCGAAGAGCCCGAUCAGGCCAAACAUAUGACACAAGAGGUGGUCACACAAUACUAUCGUGCACCGGAGAUUUUAAUGGGCGCCCGCCACUACUCGUCGGCGGUGGAUGUUUGGUCGGUAGGUUGCAUUUUCGGCGAACUGCUCGGUCGUCGCAUUCUCUUUCAGGCACAGAAUCCCGUGCAACAGCUGGAGCUGAUCACCGAGCUGUUGGGCACACCCUCUAUGGAGGAUAUGCGUCACGCCUGCGAUGGCGCUCGUUCACACAUGUUGCGCCGCGCACCCAAGCUGCCAUCAUUUUCGGCGUUGUACACGCUCAGUUCGCAUGCGACGCACGAGGCGGUGCAUCUGCUGUGUCAAAUGCUUGUCUUCGAUCCGGAUAAGCGCAUCACCGUGACGGAUGCUCUGGCGCAUCCAUAUCUGGAUGAGGGUCGUCUACGCUAUCACUCGUGCAUGUGCAAAUGCUGUUUCACUACCUCGGCCGGCAUGCGCCAAUAUACGGCCGAUUUUGAGCCAUCAGCUGGGCAGCCAUUCGACGAUCUGUGGGAGCGUAAAUUGACAUCGGUGCAGCAGGUCAAAGAGGAAAUGCACAAAUUCAUAGCGGAGCAACUGCAAACGGGACGCGUACCACUUUGUAUAAAUCCGCAAAGUGCGGCCUUCAAAAGUUUUGCUAGAUACGUUGAGCAAAUUAGGAAAUUGCGGAAAGAGCGCAACAAACGAGAUCCCGUUGGCAUAACGUUAAUGCAACAAUUGGAGUUUGAUCGUCGCAAAGAGCAACAGCGCCUGGAACUUGAAGCGGCAUUCAAAGCUAUGAUUAUGCAAACACCGGAAGUGACCGUGGAGCCGAGCAGUGCGCCUAAUACGGGCACACCCUCGUUUUUCAACUUGCCCAGCUUCAGUUCGUUCGACUAUACCACACCGCAUACGAAUAAGGAUCGGCGUUCACUGUCGGUUACGCCCCUUUCAUCACUCAAUAUGACGUUGUGCUGGGAUGAGCAGGAUGACAGUGAAACGGACACUGCCGAUGAGUCGAUGGAUAGUGGCUACUGAUUGCAUCGAUAUGCUCUCUCGAGUGUGUUUGAGUGUUAAUAAUAUUUAUUAAUUUAUGCCGUUGUAACAAUUCGGAAAUAACAACAAAGCGCGUCUGGUGAAGCGUUAAAAACGACAACCACCGCAACAACAACAACAAUGUUAAUUGCAAAUACUGUUUGAGGCGGCGUUUCAGCUCAGCAAAUUAGCGUUGCCAUUGCAGUCAGCCAAACCGCGACAACAACAACAACAAAUUUAGUCAACCACUAUAUCUGUCUACAGACAACAAAUGAAAUCUCUGAAUUAGUUUCAGCGUAUAAUUGGUUGCCAGUUUCACUUAAAAAUUCACUUAAUUACGAAAAUAGAAGAAAGCUCUUAGGUUCGUAUA